CACCGUUUGAAUUCGAUUGCUGAACGUACUUUAAUUUCUUUUAUCAAACUCUUUGAUCCAUCGAAUUUGACGGAGCAACAAAGAGCGCUCCGUGGAAGAUUUGAGACCGUUCGAACACGUGAAUCUCGCCGAGAGCAACGCUCUGCUCCGCCUUAAUACGAACAGGUAUUCUGUCAACAAACCAAUAACAAACCGCUGUGCUGUGCUGUCAUUUACCGAAAAAAAAAAUAAACAAUUUUGAUUUUUUUUUUUUAAACUUCCCAAAAUAAUUGAAAAGAAUGAAUAAUAAAAAUAUAGAAGGAAUAUUUCUUUAAACUAUUGGUCGAUAAUGAAAAUAGUGCAAAUGGCUGGAACUACAAAUCGCAGCCAUAAUAGCAGCAGUAGCAGUAGUGACCCAAUUUGGGCUACCGAUGUGGAACUCCUACCAUCAGAGGAAUGCCUUCCCAUUAUCGGCAGUUGUCAGGUCACUUCAAUCCUCCAAAAUUUGGACUCUACCCACAAUGAUCAAAAUCUUCAAAAUAUGGACCUUAUCAUUCUAAAUCCGAGCGAUUAUAAAUUGCCUUUAGAAGCCCCAUUAAAUCUUCAUACUAGCAGUUAUAUUGUUUUGAAAGAUUCAUCUGUUACAUUAGAGGCUUGUUCCAAUGCCAAUAGCACAACUCAACAACAUGAAAAACAAUCAAAUAAUACAAAAAACUACACAAUGGAAGAUCCAAAAAAUCUGGAACCAACAGAUCUUAGCUUGAACAUCGCCGACACAAGUAACUCCAGUAAUACUUCAAGUAAUUUAAUAUCUCCAAAUCCCAAACACUACGAUAAAGAAUCAUUUGAAGAUAUGCUCUAUUUUGUUUGCAAUCUUUGCCCCUUUCUAUGUACCAAAGAGACACAAAUUACGGAGCAUUUAGAGAGCGUACACAAAAAUAAAACUGUAAGCAAAUUAGUUCAAAUGAAAUGUCCUGCUUGUGCGAAUAUUUUUUAUCAUAGAGCUUCACUGAAAAGUCAUUUAUUACAUGAUCAUUGUGUGGCGAAUAACGAUCUCAAUUUGAUUGUACAGGCUGUUAUGUUUUAUUCAAAUAAAGAAAACAAAAAAGAGGAAAAUAAAAAAUUGAAUAAUGAUGCCAAAGCUUUAAAAAAUAAAGAUAAGGUAGUGGUGGAAAAAACUGCAGGAAAAGCAGUAGAAAGCAAUUCUAGUAAAAAUAAUGUAACUCAGUGUAAGAGUCAAAAUAAAGAUGUAAUAGAUUUGAUCAAACCUGUGAAUUCUGACUCAAUAGAGACUCUACCAGGAAGUAGCACCCAACAAAUAAACGAAUUAGAGACAGUUGUUGCAAAUCCAGAGCCAGUACCGGAAAAAAUCCCGCUGCCGCAGGUGGACAUCACAACCAACAACAGUGAAGAACUCAUAACAAAUUUAAUGAAAAAAUCCGAUGCUCUAGUAAAAUACAUGAAUUCCCAAAAGUGUCCCUUUGCGUUCUGCAAAGUGCUUAUGAGCGACUCAAAAAAAAUGGAUUACCAUAUUGAGUCUCAUUGCUAUGAGGGAUUCAAAUGCGUCGAAUGUCAAGAAAUUUUCAUGUCAUGGAAAACUCUGAUGACACAUUUAUGGAGGUCGCACAAGGUUGAUAUGGAAUUGUUUGGGUGCGACAAAUGUGAUUACAAGACACCUAGCUUGUCUAAAUUGAAUACUGUACAUAAACUGAUACACUCUAAUGUCAAGGCAUUUCAGUGUGACAUAUGUGAAAAAAUGUUCAAAAAUCAAAAGCAAGUAAGAAAUCAUAGACGCAUCCACCGACAAAACGUCGUGAAAGAAACAGAAACAUGUGAGUUGUGCCCGAGAACUUUCACAGACAAAAGAAGCUUAAGAUCGCACAUGGAUUCCGUACAUAAAAAAUUGAAACCGUUUUUGUGCAAUUACUGCGAUUAUAAAGGUUCCUGUAAGACAUCAUUGAAAAUGCAUAUAAGAUGUCAUACUGGAGAAAAACCAUUUUCUUGUGACCAAUGCGAAUAUGUUACAGCAGAUCAUAAUUCAUUGCGAAGACACAAACUGAGGCACACUGGACAUAAACCUUAUAAAUGUUCUUAUUGUUCUUAUGCUUGCAUCCAGAGCAGUACAUACAAGGUUCAUCUGAAAACCAAACACCCCGGACUGGAAAAAGAUCAUAUGUUUUCAUGUUCCCUGUGCCAAUUCAGGACUGUUAAUAAGGAAUUGUUUAAUUCCCAUUCUCAUUCAGUUUCCUUGCAGGAACAGAAAGUGGUUGGUAGUUAAAUAGAAAAAAAAUUUUAGAGGACUUUUGAAUUUUUUUCAGAGAAAAAUUGUGAUAAAUAAUUUUAGGAAAAGCUUUAUUAAAAUAUAUUUAUUAA